GGCGGGGACGGAGACGGAGACUGCCGCCGAGGGAGGUUCCUUGAUGAGUUCCUAGUUAACAAUGGCCAAGCUUCAAAGCAAAGAUCCUGGUUUAAAGGAGAAAUUUAAAAAUCUCUUGGGGUUUGGACAAUCCCGGCCUAAUUCCAAGUCAUCAGAAGGGAAGCAGACAGAAUUCAUCAUCACUGCAGAGAUACUCAAGGAACUGAGCAUAGAAUGUGGCUUGAACAACCGGAUACGGGCAAUCAGUCAGAUCUGCGAGGUGGCAAAAACCAAAAAGUUCGAAGAGCAUGCGGUAGAAGCGAUUUGGAAAGCAGUAGCCGAUAUGCUGCAGCCAGAUCGACCCCUUGAGGCUAGGCAUGCUGUGCUCCACCUGCUGAAGGCCAUCAUUCAAGGACAGGGUGAGAGGCUUGGCAUCCUCCGAGCUCACUUCUUUAAAGUGAUUAAGGAUUACCCUUCCAACGAAGAUCUGCAUGAACGGCUUGAGGUCUUCAAGGCUCUUACAGAUAACGGAAAAUACAUCACUUAUCUGGAAGAGGAAUUGGCUGAAUUUGUCCUCCAGUGGAUGGAUGUUGGUUUGACUUCUGAGUUUCUGCUAGUACUUGUCAACUUGGUCAAGUUCAACAGCUGUUACCUGGAUGAUUAUGUUGCUGACAUGGUCCACAUAAUCUGCCUCUUGUGCAUUCAGACGUCCUCGGCGGCUGACAUUGAGGUUUCCCUGCAAGUCCUGGAUGCCGUGGUUUGCUAUAACUGCCUGCCUUCAGAAACUCUCCCUGUCUUCAUCAUCACCCUGUGCCGGACCAUCAAUGUGAAAGAACUCUGUGAGCCUUGCUGGAAGCUUAUGCGCAAUCUGUUGGGAACUCAUUUGGGUCACAACGCCAUUUACAACAUGUGCCGGAUCAUGGAAGACAGAACUUACAUGACAGAUGCAGCGCUGUUAAGAGGAGCUGUGUUCUUCGUGGGGAUGGCUCUGUGGGGUGCACACAGGCUACAGUCGCUCAAAAAUUCACCAACUUCAGUGCUGCCCUCUUUUCUGAAGGCCAUGACCUGCCCGAAUGCUGUUGUAUCUUACGAAAUCGUGCUCUCCAUAACGAGGCUGAUCAAGAAGUAUGGGAAGGAGCUGCAGGCGGUCACUUGGGACAUCUUGCUGGAUGUUAUUGAGCAGCUGCUUCAGCAGUUGCAGACCCUGGAAAGCCAGGAGCUGAAAUCCAUCAUCCAUGACCUGCUGACCACUGUGGAGGAGCUGUGUGACCACAAUGACUUCCACGGCUCCAAGGAGAGAUACUUUGAGCUUGUGGAAAGAUGUGCUGAUCAGCGACCGGAGUCUUCGGUUUUGAACCUGAUCACCUACCGAGCCCAGUCCAUCCACCCCGCUAAGGACGGCUGGAUCCACAAGCUGCAGGGGCUAAUGGAGCGGUUCUUCAGAAACGAGAAUCGGAGUGCCGUGCGUAUCAAAGUUUUGCAUGUCCUGUCCUUUGUCUUGAGUGUGAACAGGCAGUUUUAUGAGGAGGAGUUGAUCAACUUGGUAGUCAUCUCCCAGCUGGCGCACAUCCCAGAGGAUAAGGACCACCAGGUCCGCAAACUGGCCACCCAGUUGUUGGUGGACCUGGCUGAGGGCUGCAAUACCCAUCAUUUCAACAGUUUGCUGGACAUCAUAGAGAAGGUGGCUUCCCACUCCCUGCUGCCGCCGCCUGAUCUUGAGGAGCGAGACCUGCUUUCCUACUCAGCCUCCCUGGAGGAUGUGAAGACAGCCGUGCUAGGCCUCCUAGUCAUUUUCCAGACGAAAUUGUACGGCUUGCCUGCCAGCCACCCCAGCCGUGUCUAUGAGAUGCUGGUCCUCCACAUUCAGCUCCACUACAAGCACAAGUCCAGCCUCCCGAUUGCCAGCAGCAUCAGACUGCAAGUCUUUGACUUCCUGCUCUUGCUCCGGGCUGAUUCUCUCCACCGAUUGGGCCUGGCCACCAAAGAUGGCCUUGUGAGGUUCAGCCCCUACUGCCUCUGCGAUUUUGUGGAGCCAGAGAAGAAACCAGCAGGCGCCCUCUCUCCGCCCUCCGUGAGCCCCAGCCUGCCCCCUCAGAGCACCGCGCUCCGGAUCGGCCACCUCCCCUAUUCUCUGCUCUUCGGAGUCCUGCUGCAGUGCCUGAAGCAAGAGACGGACUGGAAGGUGCUAAAGCUGGUUCUGAACAAGCUGCCUGAGUCUCUGCAGUGCAAAGUGCUGUACUUAACCUCUCCGUGCAGCAUUGAUCAGCUCUCCUCUGCACUCUGCUCCAUGCUUACAGACAAGAAGAUGACGGAGCGGCUGCGAGGCACCCCAGAAGGAUUCUCCCGCAAUGAUUUGCACCUGGCUGUGGUCCCCGUUCUGACAGCUUUGAUCUCUUACCACAGUUAUCUGGACAAAACCAAGCAGCGGGAGGUGGUCUAUUGCCUGGAGCAUGGUUUGAUCUACCGCUGCGCCAACCAGUGCGUUGUGGCACUGUCCAUCUGCAGUGUUGAGAUGCCUGAGAUUGUCAUCAAGGCUCUGCCGGUCCUGAUUGUCAAACUGACUCACAUUUCAGCAACAGCCAACAUGGCCAUUCCUCUCCUAGAAUUUCUUUCGACUCUGGCCCGACUGCCUCACCUCUACAGAAACUUUGCAGCCGAGCAGUAUGCGAGCGUCUUCGCCAUCUCUCUGCCAUACACAAACCCCUCCAAGUUUAACCAGUACAUUGUAUGCCUGGCACAUCAUGUAAUAGCCAUGUGGUUUAUCAAGUGCCGCCUUCCUUUUCGGAAAGACUUUGUGCCAUACAUUACCAAGGGUUUGCGGUCAAACGUCCUGCUCUCCUUCGAGGACACCCCAGAGAAGGACAGCUUCCGGGCCCGUAGCACAAGUCUGAAUGAAAGACCGAAGAGUAGUUUUAAAAUAGCCAAAAAUGCACGGCCGAGCUUGAAUAGCUCUCCUCCAGUGAAAGAGCUGAAAGAAUCCUCCGCUGUUGAUGCCUUCCGUUCCCGCAGCAUCAGUGUGUCUGAUCAUGCAGCCCGCAGCCGGAUACAGACCUCUAUCACGAGCUCUAGCUUGGGCUCUGCGGAUGAGAACUCGAUGGCCCAAGCAGAUGACAGCCUGAAGAACCUCCACCUGGAGCUCACGGAGACCUGCCUCGAUAUGAUGGCCCGAUACGUCUUCUCCAACUUCACGGCUGUGCCCAAAAGGUCUCCAGUGGGGGAGUUCCUCCUGGCGGGGGGGAGGACCAAGACCUGGCUGGUUGGUAACAAGCUUGUGACCAUCACCACCAGUGUUGGGACGGGGACCAGGUCGCUCCUGGGCCUGGAUUCCAGGGAGCUACGGAGCAGCACCGAGUCACAGCCGGACCACACCUUGCAAGUCAGGCAGACCAAAGAGGCCCCUGCUAAACUGGAGUCCCAGGCUGGCCCACAGGUGGUUCGAGGGUCCCGCAACAGAGUCAGGUCAAUGUCUGGUGGCCACGCUUUGCGGGUUGGUGCGCUAGAUGGCUCCACUCCCCAUUUCCCAGCUGGCUCGAUGCCUCAAGGGCCGCAGAGUUCUCCUGCCAUUUGGAUGGAAAAGACUGUUCCAGGAGCUCAGGCUGCUCUGCAAAAGGAGAAGGCCAAUCUGGCUGCGUACGUCCCUCUGCUGACCCAGGGCUGGGCAGAAAUCCUGGUCCGGAGGCCUACAGGUAACACUAGUUGGCUGAUGAGCCUGGAGAACCCGCUCAGCCCCUUCUCCUCCGAUAUCAACAACAUGCCCUUGCAGGAACUCUCUAAUGCACUGAUGGCAGCAGAGCGCUUCAAGGAGCACCGCGAGACCGCCCUCUACAAGUCCCUCUCGGUGCCCUCCCCCGGCUUGCCCACGGGGACAUCCAAGCCCUCUCUCCUGCAGCGCUCCAACACAGAAUCGGCAGUUGUUCUGGAAGAAGGAAGCCCACUGGCAGCGGACUUGAAGGAGAGGGAGCCCCCGCCAGAGUCUCAAGAGAUCGAAGACUUUGAAGCUGUGUGUCUGGAUCAUGCUGUGACUGAGAAGUUAGGCAAAGCCCGUGGGCUGUAUAGCAGGUCCUCUUCAACGUCGAGUCAAGAGGAGAAAGUUCUGAAGCCAGAAGACUUGGUGACCGCUGGCAUCCCCAUCGAGAGGGCCAGGCACCUGGAAGACAGCCGGGCCUUCGAAGCCCUCUCCUUCCAGCCCUCCCAGCCCCUCAGCAAGUCCAGCUCCUCUCCGGAGCUCCAGACUCUCCAGGAAGUCCUCAAAGACCCCAGUGGAGAAGAAGUGGCCGGAAAGCUGAGCAGCGAAGUGAAGUCCAAGUCCCAGUCAGGCAACCUGGAAGGGGAGGCAGCAGGGAGCUGGCUGGGAAGAGGGGAGGAUGACCGGGCCCCCUCUGGGGCUGCCCGACUGGAUGGCGACCUCCCUGCCUCUUCUCCCCGCUCCCCAAGUGGCCACCGCCCUCGAGGGUACACCAUCUCAGAUUCAGCGCCCUCAAGGAGGGGCAAGAGGAUCGAGAGGGACCCCUUCAAGGGAAGAGCGGCAGCCACCAAUGCGGCGGAGAAGGUGCCGGGCAUCAACCCGAGCUUUGUGUUCCUGCAGCUGUAUCACUCUCCUUUCUUUGGUGAUGAAUCCAACAAACCAAUCCUGCUGCCCAAUGAGACCUUUGAGAGGUCCGUGCAACUCCUGGAUCAAAUUCCACCCUAUGACACCCACAAGAUCGCAGUGCUGUACGUUGGAGAAGGCCAGAGCAACCAAGAAUUGGCUAUCCUGUCCAACGAACAUGGCUCUUACCGCUACACAGAGUUCCUGACGGGUUUGGGCAAACUGAUUGAGCUCAAGGACUGCCAACCAGAUAAGAUUUACCUCGGCGGCUUGGAUGUGUGUGGGGAGGAUGGGCAGUUCACCUACUGCUGGCACGACGAUAUCAUGCAAGCCAUUUUCCACAUUGCCACUUUGAUGCCCACCAAGGACUUGGAUAAAUACCGCUGCGACAAGAAGCGGCACCUGGGGAAUGACUUUGUUUCCAUCAUCUACAAUGACUCAGGGGAAGACUUCAAACUGGGGGCCAUAAAGGGCCAGUUCAACUUCGUACACGUUGUUAUCAAGCCGCUGGACUACAACUGUAACCUGCUCACACUGCAGUGCCGGAAAGACAUGGAGGGGCUGGUGGACACCAGUGUGGCCAAGAUCGUCUCAGACAAGAACCUCCCGUUCGUUGCCCGUCAGAUGGCCUUGCAUGCCAAUAUGGCCUCUCAAGUCCAUCACAGCCGCUCCAAUCCCACAGACACGUACCCAUCAAAAUGGAUCGCUCGGCUGCGCCACAUCAAGAGGCUUCGACACAGAAUCCGAGAAGAAACCCAGUACCAGACCUCUGGCUUCCCCACCAUGCAUCCUCCUGUUGCCACCAAAGUACCUGCCCAUGUUGCCCAGGACCCAGCACCCUCCUACGAAACAGGGCAAAGGAAACGACUUAUCUCCUCAGUGGAUGACUUCACAGAAUUUGUGUGAGGUCAGAUAUUGCCCAUCUAUCUGUCCAUCCAUCUGGCCUGUAAGGUACAGAAUUCUGUUUUCCCCUUUGGCCUGGUGGUUGUUGCAAAGAGAAGAUUCUGCUGUGGCUGCCUGGCCUCGUCCCGCCUUGCGACCCUCGACUGAACAAGCAGCGGCUGCUGCUGUCACUUGGAGUGCUGCUGCCCCGUAACCACAUGGCAUCAGGAGUCUCAGGACUGGGUGGAAGAGUCAGUGUUCGUUUCAUUUUUGGUUUUUAUCAUAAACAUUCGGGAUAAGACAAGCAAAUAGACGGCAACACUGCAGCUGGUGGGGUGGAGAGACUUUGGUUCAGUGGCCCUCUGUGAACUCUAAAGGACUCCUCAAGGUUUCUCUAGGCCAUCUUCUUGGCAGGUUUUCCCUCCAAAUGUGUAUGCAGUUUGCCAUCUGAGGCCUGUGUGGAAUGGGGAGGAGGGUGGGCAACUGGCUAAUUGGGGUGAGGAGGCAUGUGGGUGUGUAAGCCCCAUCAAGACGUUCAGGCUGACAGCGGUUGAGAAAGUCCAUUGACCCCCAAGUACAAAGAGAUGUUUGGGCCUGCUUUAAGAAGGAUUUUUGAUCAGGGCAUUUUUGGGUGCACCAAGAACCACAAUUGCCACCAAUGGGUAGGUGAAGAGAACAGUGAAAUGUCCAGCCCCUUUUACUUGUUUAAAUUCAAUGUUUGCUGAAAUCUGAAUGGACUGGGGUCUCUGCAGCGGCCUUCAGCCAGCAAGCCCCACCACUCAUUUCCACGGGGCUUCUGGGAAGGGGAUGCUACUGCAGCAGCCCAGUGGGGCGUGGGCAGGGGAGGGGGCUGCACUUUGUGGCAUGAAAGAGGGGUCCUUGGGGAAAAGCCGAGGGAGCCCUCUCUGCUGGAUCGAGAUGUCCUUUCAGUUUCUUGUGUUUGUGCUGUUUGGCUAAUGUCAUGCAAAACUGCAAUGGAAUAAAGCAGCCGUUUGCCCCAGCUUCAGCACCCCUCUGAGCGUACCUUUCUGGUAGGGUCAAGGGGAGCCAUCAGGCUACGUGGGCAGAGGAAGGUCUCGUGACUCCCUUGGAUUUGGAAUUCCCUCCCCGCAGUGCUUGAUUAUUUUCAAGAUCCUGCUGCCCCACUUGCUCCUUCCUCGUCAAGCAAGAAGUAUGUUGCUCAUGGUUUGGGGGGGGGGGGAGGGGGGUCAGAGAUCUCAAGCAAUACUGUCUGUUUUUGUUAGUCUGUGGAAAGAAGAAUUCUUUGACCUGAAAAGCAUUCCAGGCAGGAUGGGAAUGUUUGUAACAAGAAAGCCUGAAAGUGGUUCAGCAGUAGGCGCACACGCACGCACUACCCAACUCCAGCGGACGGCUGGUGGCCUUUCUCUUCCAAUGUGGUUGGGGCCACAGUUUUGUGAAUGAUACCAAGCAAGUCAUAAUAGGCGUCUCACCCUCUUUCCAACCAGCUGUGAACAAGUUUGGCCAAGGCCAGAAUUUCUUUUUGGUCUGCAGAUGGGUCUGGGGGACUCGGUGGCCACCUGCUGGUCAUUUGGGAGCUGCUGCAGUGAUUGGUGGAGGCAUAUAUGGGAGGCUCGGCUGGGUGUGAAUGUUCUCUGCCAAUUCAAAGGCCGGUCUUUUUAGUAAGACUACCUUGAGACAGUUGGGGAAGUACAACAGUGGGUGUUGAGUGGCAGAGAUUUUGAAGCCCUGGGGGAUUUGGCAGUUCACACAAACUCUUCUCUGACUUUGUCUUACCACAAACCCAAAGCCAUGCAUUGAUUUAAAUAAAACACACCAACUUUUAUUUAGCCGUCAAUGUUUUUUUUUAAUUUGACUUUGUCGUUUUCUUUUAAAGGAAAUACUCCCACCAUUACAGAAAAAAAGGAGAUUUUGUUUGCAAGCUCAUGGGAUACUCGUUCUGCCCUUGCUACGAGGAGGAGCUUUUGCGAAGCCAACGCCCCC